ACUUGGGAUGCAGCUUUGGCAAGGACUGCAAUGGCAUGGGCAAGAAAAUGUGUUUUUAAACAUAAUGUAUACUUAACGGAGAGAUAUCAGUGCCAUCCUAAUUUCACAUCUGUUGGAGAGAAUAUUUGGAUUGGAAGUGUUCAAGCAUUUAGUGUUGCUGGUGCCAUUAGAUCGUGGUAUGAUGAGGUCGCAUUCUAUGUUUUUAAUGUUCAUAAAUGUUCUAAGAUCUGCGGUCAUUACUUUCAGGUUGUUUGGGACUAUUCAUAUAAAAUAGGCUGUGCUGUUACUCUGUGUAACAAAGUUGGAGGAAUACAAAAUGCAGCAAAUUUUGUUUGCAACUAUGCCAAAAGCAAACCCGGGCCACUUUUGGGGAGUUCAGUUAGCCUGAACUAA